GUAGCUAUAUAGUAAACAUUUACCGCAACAGUCUGUUGAUCGCGUAGUCAAAUUCGAAAUAGUUCAUUAACAUCGCUUAGUUAAUAAAUAAAAAAAUUGCAUUUUCUUCAAUGCCUAAGAGGCAUGCCCAAGAAGGCAAUACCUGUGUAAAUUGUUUAAAGCAUCAUUAAAAGACCACAAUAUGAGUGACUAUACAUACAAGGACAUUUUGUUAGUGUUCGUGGAGAACUUUAAAGCGGACUUUGAAUGCAAAGAUGUGGAGGAAAUGCUGCGUAGUAUUUUAACGAGUCGAGAGGUUGACAAGAUUCUCAUUGCAGAUGAGAAAACCCAAGUAUAUGUCCUAUUUGAGAUACUCAAAGAUAACCCAGAGGAGACGGUGGACAGGUUCGUUAAUGAACUCCGUGCCACAGUGCACGACAUAAAUUAUGAGUUUCUGAAGAAUCCCAUCAAAGAGGAAUAUCGUCAACCCUCAGCCGAAACUAUAAUAUACAUAACAGAACGCGACAAGUUGUGCAGCAAUAAUCAAUCAUUUGCUAAAUACAAUGUUUCACGUUUCGAACCGUAUACGCGACUAAAAACGGCCCUUAUGAAGCUAAGGCCUGCCAGGAAUGUCCUAGUUCAUGGCCAACUGGGAUCUGGAAAACAGUGGCUAGUCUUAGAUGUUUGCUCAUCAUACGCAGUGCAACAUAAAAUGGGUUUUAAAAUCAUUUGGUUAAAUCUAAAACAUUGCCAUACGCCCGAAUCAGAUUUGGAAAUGCUGCAGUCGUUGAGGCAUCAAAUCGAUCCCCAAUGGAACAGCCAGAAUGACCGCCAAUAUGACAAUAGUCGAUCGGGUGAUCCCAGUAUUAGGCAACGCAUUGAAACCGCAAAGACUGAGUUGCGACAUAUACUUCAGAGUAAAGUCUAUAAGAAUUGUUUACUCGUCUUACGAAACGUGCAAAAUCUGAACACUUGGAAAGCGUUCAAUCUCGGAUGUAAAAUAUUGAUAACAACGCGAAAUAAGGACAUAAGCAAUUAUUUGUCAUCUGCCACCACUACUCAUGUUCCACUGGAAGACAGUUUAACGGCCAGUGAAGUAGAGUCUCUGUUUUUAAAGUAUCUUGGCUGUCUGCCCAAGGACUUACCAACAGCCAAGGACAUUAAGACCACAAAUCCCCGUAAGCUUAGUAUUAUUGCUGAAAGCCUUCAUGAUGGUCUUGCAACCUUGGACACUUGGAAGCACGUUAAUUGCGAUAAACUAUCUACCAUUAUUGAAAGCUCGUUGAGUGUGCUUGAGCCAAUAUCUAGACAAAUGUAUGAAAAACUUUUCAUAUUUCCUGAAUCGGCCCAAAUACCAAUUACGCUACUACCCUUGUUGUGGUCCCAAUCACACAACAAUUCAACGUAUGAUGAUCCGAUGGUCAUUGUUAAUAAGUUGCAAGGGUAUUCUUUAAUAGAAAAGCAAUCUCAGUCAAAACCUCCGACUAUAACCAUUCCAAGCAUUUAUUUCGAGUUGCAUCAUCAACUCGAUUAUGAAAAAGCACUUCAUGAGAAAAUUGUGGCUUUUUACAACAUAAAUGCAAAUUUUGUUGAGCAAAAUGAUUUAACGAUUCCUAAUUUAGAUAACUAUUUUUAUGCCCACAUUGGACAUCACUUGAUGGCUAUUGAGCCCACGGAAAGUGUUAAAUUACUCCGCAUAAUUUUUCUUGAUUUCCGAUUUUUGGAGCAGAAGAUACGUCAUGAUACUACCUCGUGGAAUGCAAGCGGAUCAAUUUUAAAUACCUUACAACAGAUUAAGCUUUACAAGCAAAGGAUCAUUGAUGAUGAUCCAACAUAUAGUCGUCUAGUCAAUUCGCUUUUGGAUUUCUUGCCUAGAAUAGAGGAAAAUCUUAUAAGAUCGAAGCAUACGUGUUUAUUGAGACAAGCCUUGAUGGCAGAAGAGGGUCCCAUAUACGAGGAAGCGAAUCGCCAAAUACAAAGAUUCCCUGAUUAUGUUUGGUUCACAGAACAUGGCCGUUUUCAUCAGCAACGCCAGAUUGUAAAUCUUGGUAAAGAUCAAGCCCGACAUGCCAUAUAUUUGGACUGUGACUUUUGUGCCAUAGCUUUAAGUAAUAAACAAUUGUUGCUAAUUGACGUCUCAUUGGAGGGCACGGCGACUUAUGUAUACGGCGAUGAUAAAGAUACUAGCGAGAUUACCAGAAUGGAUAUAUUUAAUAAUCAGAAACAUCUGUUGACCCUCCAUGGAAAUGGUAGUCUAAAACUCUGGUCUUUAUGGCCGGAAUCCGAAAAUGAUAAACAUCCAUCCACACGCAAAUAUAAACAAUUGGUCAAUGGGGUUGUCAAAAGAUCAUUGGCCAGCAAUGCGGAACAAAAUAUAUCUGCAUUUUAUCUGGAAGAGGAGACCGGAAUAGGUCAUACAUCGAUUCAAUUGCAUGUGGCAUUCAGCAAUGGUGAUAUUUGCAUUUGCGACUGGAAUCCAGCUGAAGAAGAGUUUAAAUCGUUGCAUACACCUCCUCUGAAAACGGAGCAAUUGAGAGUGCGUUGCUUCGUAAAGGUGCUCAAACGAUUUUAUGUGUUGUGCACUGCGAAAUGUAUUCUGUCCAUUUGGGAUUUACGUAACAGUUCGAGAGAACUGACUGAACUGGAGGGUUAUUGUCCAGAUGUUAAUGAUUCACCGCAUUUCAUGGAUGUGUUGGCAGAGGAUAAAGAUAGACGUUAUAACGAGGGAUUAUCGUGCACGAUGCUUUUGCUAGUAUUUAAACACAGUGUGUGGCGUCUGAAAUUUGACAAGAAUGGCAUUACAAAAGCGCAUGCAGAACUCCUAAAGCUACCCGACACGGGCUAUAUAACGUGUGGCAAACGGUCCUCGGAUGGACAUUAUCUCAUUUUGGGCACAUCCGAGGGUUUAAUUGUCUAUGAUCUGAGGAAAUCGGAAGUCAGCCUGCGUUGCAAUGUUAGUGAAAACAUUUCUUGUGUAGAUAUUUACGAAUUGUAUGAUCCGAUAUUUAAAUACAUCAUUCUAUGCGGUGCUGUCGGCAAGCACAUUCUUCAUGUACAUACAUUGAGAAUUGGUGGUGAUCAAGAGAUCACAUGGCUGCACAAUGUGGAUGAGGAUGAUUUGAAAGAAUUUAGCGCCGGAUCUGGGGCUUGUUUGCGUUCCAUUAUGGACAUGAAUAGCGAACGUACACAAUUAUUUGCAAUUGAUUCCAAAAACGGUAUUCACCAAAUACAACCAGCAGUGGAUGGCAAAGCUGCUACCAUAGCAUCACGAUCAACAACUUCAACAUCCCAGGCAGCGGACAGUUUGAAAAUAACCGCUAUAUGCGCACACACCAGAGAUCAGAUUUUUGUGGCCUAUUCGGAUGGCACUAUUAUUGAUAUUAAUCGUGAUGUGAAACUACCUCAACAAUAUAUAAAUGAUGGCAUCGAUUUCCUCAAGCAGGUUAACGAUCAAUUUUUGGUGGCAUCAGCUCUAGAAUUAAAAAAAACUGUUAUAUUUAAAAUUACUGGAACCGAAUCCCCAUCGACGUCCUCUUCAAAUCAAUGGCCGUUGUCCGUCCCCUUAGACACUAUGGAAGCGCUUGUUUUUGACGAGCACUACUUACUUUUGUUUUCAGAAGACGUAGUUGGUCAUAUUGACUUACUGAAUCCAAAUUGUCUUUGUGACGCACCAACUGAGGAUCAGUUAGUAGUUGGCUUCGAUCUGAAGAACAGGCUUCUCUUCUUGGCACUGAAAGAUCAUCUGAUUAAGGUUUUUUACAUGUAUAACAACGGUAGCAAACUCAUCUACGAAGAACGCUGCCUCGAAAAGUUAAAACCUCAAAACGUGCCCAUUUGUUUUAUGACUGUCUCAAAUGACGCUUCGUUGCUUGCCCUAGGCUUUCGUAAUGGAAAUAUAGAGGUAUUCUCUUUUGGAAAGGACAAUAAGAUACAACUCAUAUACAGCAUUACUGAGGGACACAACGAACUUAUCAGACAACUGCAGUUUUCGCCUUGUAAUUUGGUUUUAGUAAGUUGCUCCGAGCAAUUGUGCUUCUGGAGCAUGGCUUACAUGCGAAACAAUCAAGUGAAAUCUGACUCUACACAUAGGCGAAGCCAAAGGCAUAAGAGUUAUUACAAAAAUCGGGUCGAUGCGGUUGAUGCGUCACCGUUUGCAUCUGCCAAGGAUACAGACGAAUAUCCAUCUUGUUUCAAGACUUCCUCCUCCCGGCCCAAUCAGCUUCAGUCUGUCGUACAGACUGAAUCCUCGCUGUGGCUUGAUAAAAGAGGAAGUUCUACUAUGCCAGAGUUACUGGCUUGUGUUAAAUUCGUUGGUAACGCAGCUCGUAAGUUCUUUACUGAUGAGGCAUUUACACAGUUUUUCAUCAUUGACGAUGAGGGUGUUUACUAUCAUCUCAAAAUGUUAGAAACAAAUUCUUCCCAAUUGCCCAAUGUCACAUUAAGAAAUAGUAGUCUGCAUUAUGAAAACGUCUCCCUAAUUCAUUAUAUGACUGACGAUUCUUUAACUAGUCCUGACGAAGCGGAAGGACAAGGAGUUGAUGUUGUUGGCAUAGUUGAAGUUCAGGCCAAGCAGCAGUCGCAGAUUGUCGAUCAGUCUGACAGUUGACGCCAGAAUCUUGCCAAGUAUUGGCGCAAAAAUCACACACAUGCCAGCAGGCAUACUCCCUGUCGUUACGCAUUUAUAGGAUUACUUCUAUAUUAUUUUUUAGUAUUGCUUUUUCACUGUCUUCACGUCCAAUUAUAAUGCUGGAAAAUAGUUUUUGCUUCUUCCAGUGGCAAUAUUAUAAAUAUUUUUAUUAGUAAAUAGCAAUAUUACAAGUUAGUCGUUACAAUAGACAAUUGUUAAAUUGGACCAUGUUAGAUAUACAUAUGUAAGUAUAAGUAUGUAAAUCAAUUAAAAUUAAAUUAGCCUAAGUCAAUGCAAUAUUCAAGUUGUUAUGUAUAUUUAUUACAUUUAAUGUGAAUGCCAAAUUUUUGACAUCAACAAACAAUUUAUCUGAGUUAUUAAAUAUAUUAGUAUCCACUCAGUCAUUAACUGUAAACUUGUUAAACAAAAAAUUAUAACUUUUAAGAUAUCCCAAUGAUUUUCUUCUUUCGUACUAAACUUAAUUUGUGUAACAAACUAUUAUUAUACUUUCAUAUUAGAGUUAGUUUUUUAAUACUCAUUGUGGUCCAAUUCGUCAUCUACAUAUACAUACAUAUACGCCACUUAAAAAUUGAAUGACUAUUUUUGAAACGAAAUAUACAAACUAC